AAUCCUCUUUAGCUAAAGUGUCGUAAAUGAGUGAAUGCGUGUUGAACGUAAAGACAACGUGGCUGUGAUUGUGAGACUAGCAGAUGAUCGGAGCUGCUGCUGUUCAGAGGACUUUGGUGUUUGUUGGAGCUGAAGAUCUUCUGCAGCUGCAGGAACCAUGUCUUCAGAACCUCAGGAAGAUUCUGACAGAGAACAACUUUCUGCUGCUGACGGAGCCAUCGUCCAGAACGAGGAGGAGCUCUGUGGUCAGAGCAGACUGAUGGAUACCACCUGGAAACCACAGCUUCAGUUGCACGUUGUAGUCCUCCCCAAGCAGUGGGCUGAAGAGGAGAACCUCUGCAACCAGCAGAAGAACUUCAACGUGAAACAAGAGGAUCCAGACCCUCUACAGAUUAAAGAGGAACAAGAUGAUCCAGGACCUGCACAGAUAAAAGAGGAACACGAAGAUCUAGAACCUCCACAGGUUGAAGAUGAACAGGAGGAUUUUCCGAAACCAGAACCUCCUCAGAUCAAAAAAGAACAGGAGGAACCAGAACCUUCACAGAUUAAAGAGGAGCAGGAAAGGAUCUGUAUCAGUCAAGAUGAAGAGCAGCUUGAUCUGAAGAAGGAGACUGAUACUUCGAUGGAGAUUCCUGCUUAUGAAGAAAAUGAGCACAGUGAAGCAGAUCUAAACAAUCAGCAGAGGUUUAAUGUAUCUAAUAGUUGUGAUGAAAGCCAACAUGGAGAAUCAACAUCAACUACAGAUGGAGAGACAGAGCCACAGAACAGAGAUCAGAUGAAGGUUAGAGUCAGUGGUCAUAUCCAAAAUGUGGACAGCUCUCACAUGUCAGAAAGUCAAUGUGACUCUGAUGUCAGAAAAAAUCCCAAGAGGACAAGUUUGGGUAAGAAUUGCAAACAAUCCCCAAAAGAAAAUAAACUUUCCUCUGUAAAGUUUGUAGAAGAAAGUAUGAAAUAUGACUCUGAUGAAGGACCUUAUGUUUGUGAAAAAUGUGGUAAAAGUUUUAGUUGGUGGUCUCAUUUCAGAAUUCACUUGAGAACUCACUCAGGAGAAAAGCCUUUUUCUUGCAAAGAAUGUGACACAAGUUUUAGUCGACUAUCAAGUCUCAAAACGCACAUGAGAACUCAUACAGGUGAAAAGCCUUAUUCUUGUAAAGAAUGUGAUACAAAUUUUAGUAAAAAAUCUAAUCUCAAAGCACACAUGAGAACUCAUACAGGAGAAAAGCCUUUUUCUUGCAAUGAAUGUGAUACAAGUUUUAGCCGAAUAUCUAAUCUCAAAAGACACAUGAUGACGCAUACAGAAGAAAAGCCUUUUUCUUGUGAAGAAUGUGAUAGAAGCUUUAGCCAAAUAUCUCAUCUCAAAACACACAUGAGAACUCAUACAGGAGAAAAGCCUUUUUCUUGUAAAGACUGUGACACAAGCUUUAGUGCAUUAUCGUGUCUCAAAAGACACGAGAGCUCACACAGAUGAGAAGCCUUUUCCUUGACGAAAAUGUAAUAAAGUCCAAAAGGUU